AUGUCAGUUCAAAUUAAAAUACUUUACGGUGAAGACUUUUCUCGCUGCAAAAUACAUUCGUUAUUUAAAAGUGAAUUAAGUUGCUUAUAUUUAGCAGAUUUUAAACGCAUAGUACAAAACACAGUUGGCGGAUUUAUGAGCGGUGUUGACAGCCAAACUACUCGAAUUCAAUACAGGGAUGAUGAAAAAACGGUUGUUACCAUGAUGGAUGAUUCUGAUCUGAAAGAUGCAAUACGAUGCUUGACAGCAGUGCCAAAUACAGAUGGCAUUUUUAGAAUGUGUGUGCGAGUUCACGACGAGGUUACACCUAUUGGAAAGAAUAGAAAUGCUUCUAAAACAAAUACUACAACGCCAAUGGAAUCAGGUACUGAAAAUUUUACUUUUGAUCGCUUUUAUAAUGAUCCUGAUAAUCAGAAUAAUUGUUCUGAAACAAUCCGUAAACGACGACUUGACUUUUAUAAAGGGAAACAAAUAGACAAAUCGGAAAUUUUUAUGAGUAAUACGCAACCAAAAACGAAGCGUACGCAUACUGCAAAUACAUCCACAAUCGCGAAAGCUCGGCCAACUUGUCAUGAAUUACACGAGCCCGAAACUCUUAUAAACACUCCGAUCCAAAGAUACUUAGCUAAAACUGAACAAAAUAUUGAAGAAAAAGAUCAAAGGAUACAAGAAGUAAUGAUGGCAGAAUUAAAUGUUAAAAGCAGAAUUGAAAGAGCAAAGAGUAAUAACGUGGGACAGGGAAAUCUCUGUAGGAAUUGUCAUAUGCGACUUCGUCAUACUGCGCGAAAUUGUGAAUUUGACAAGUGCACUUCUGUUUUUCAGUGCGGAGAAGAUAAGUUGCACACGGGCGAAGUUAAUUUAAAACAAAUGGCGCAAAACGUAAAAAAGCUAAAAACUGAAAAAGAAAAACUAAUCGAGGAGCUGGAAAACAAAAAAUCAGCCGCUGAAAAUUUAAAGGACAAUAUCCUAAAUAAAUUAGAGGACUCGUUACUCAAUGCAGAUCCAGUGUCAUAUAAUAUAGGGGGGGUUAAAAACUGGAGUCUACUUAGGAAACAUGUUUUCGUUCUGCGAAAGUACUGUCAAACUACACUGCAUGGCCGAAUUCCGCCAAAGCAUGAGAUUUUGACUUGUCUCGAAGCUGCCCUAACAUCUAAAGAUUGCACAGGGAUAGAUAUAUCUCUCAAACAAAGUAAGAAAAAACGUGAAAACCCGGCCAGACCCACGUUAGAAAGGUAUGGAAUACAAUUUCCAACUCGUCACAGGGAAUCUCACGACUCUGAACUUGAAGAUUCUGAUGAAGAAACAUACCUCGCAACAUACGACCGUGUUAGAUCGUGUAGUCCUGAUUUAAAAAGCAACCGUGCGAGAUCGUGCAAUCAAUCUUGGAUUGAUCGAAUUAAGCCUACGAAUGAGCAAGAGGAGAAUGAGCAACUUAGACUUGCUUUGUCUGCUAGUUACGCGGAAAAUGAGUGUCAACAUGAACGCGGUCAGUAUGGCAUUGAGUCAACCUACUACAGUCGCUCAACAUUACCUCGUUCAAAACCAUCUUCUAGUUGCAACUCAACAGCAUCUAGUUCUGCUGGUACUGUGCAGGAAUCAGUCAAUAUUAACGAAGUCACUUGCACUGUAAACGAUGCAGCAGCUGCCCUACUUUCAUUGCGAAAUUUGGAUAGUGAUACCACUUGA